AUGGCGGAUCAAUCCCCUCGCGAGAAUCCCAAGCCCAAGCAGCGCCGCAUCUCGAGAGCCUGUGAUUACUGUCACAGAAGAUCGAUUCGUUGCCGUCCAAGUGAAGAUGGCGCCGGAUGUCAAAACUGCAAGGAUUUUGCCCAGAAUUGUACUUAUCACAGAAAACCGCGCCGUCGAGGGGUUCCAGCUAGAGGCGGCAGUGGGGGACCGUCGGCCAAUCGACAUGUGGUGGAGGGAUUGCCAGAUCUAGAGUCGUCGAGAUCGCCAUCCCAGGGCGACUUGCGGAUAAUACCCGAGAUUCAGCAGCCGGGCCCUAAUGCCAAUGCCAAUGCCUCACCGCAGUCGCAGUCAGCAUGGCGGGCUCCGUACAUUGUCAGCCAGGCGACUGUCGUUGACCUCGUUGAGCUCUACUUUGAGAUUGUCUAUCCCAUCUUCCCCUUCUUCCACCAGCCCUCCUUCACACGCAAGAUCUCGAGGGCCGAAUACAACACCAACCAGUCACUCUUUGCCACUACCAUGGCCGUGUGUGCCCUGGUGGGCGGCCGGGUCCGUGACGGGUCCGUCAUGAACCCGCGAUGGGACGUCCAGGCCCUCCAGAGGGAGACGUUGCCAGACACCUUUUAUGCCGAGGCCAAGAGGCAGUUGCUGGACAAUGGCCUUGAAAAUUCGGACUUUAACAUCCUCCGUGGUCACGCUAUAAUGGCCAUUACGGCGAUUCAAAACGGCAAAAUUCGAGACAUGCAUCAUCACCUUGGCAUCUAUCACACGUUCAUGGCCAUGGACGGACUUCAUGACGAGUUUUGGUCUAUUUAUACCUUGGACAUCUUCACGUCUGUGGUUUGGGGUGGCGUUAUCCGUUCUCGAGAACAGCAGGCCAAUGUAGCUUACCCAGCAGAGGUGGAUGACCAGUACAUCAGUGACGGAGGCAUUGUGCGACCGGGCCUCUCGCCCAGUGGUCUAAGCCCUCCAAUUGCUCGCCUCGUCCUCACUGCACAGUCUGAUUGCUGGUUGUCCGGCUGGAAUUUCAUCACUGACCUAUACAGAGUGUUGGAGCAUGCCCUGGCACGAUUUCGCGAUCGUAGGAGAUCCUUCAUGUCCGAGAUCAUUGACGACCAGUCGACCGUGACUGGGACAUCUGUUCGUGACAAGGUACUCCGCAUGUACUUGAACCUUCCUGAAUGCUUCAAGAAUACGCCAGCCAUGGCGUUUAACCAGAAGCAAGAUCUCUUUGGCUUCCAGGCAGCCAACAUUACCGCCAGCCUCCAACUUCUUCGCAUCACACUAUUCGCUGCCGGAGGCGCAAGCAUCGCAGAGCGCUGUGAGAUUGCCUCUGACGUGGUGGAUGCUUUCAGCUCCAUUCCGGUGCAAUAUUGCUUGACUAUAAGCAAACCAUUGCUGCAUCAUCUGGGUGGAAUUGGCGCCAUCCUGGGUUCCGUUUUUGAAGAGCCCCUCAGCGAAGCGGAGUACAAUCGGGUGAGAUCUGUCAUGUUGUCGAUGGCAAGGCUUCUUGAAAACCUCGAGACGAUACAUCGCAGCUCGAGUGCCAGCGAGAAGCUGCGAUCUCAGGUAUCUCGCAUUGACGAGUACAUGGCAGCCCAGCGCCAACAGUCAAGGCCGCCUCUCGAGGAUGCUCCAGUGAACGCUGCUGUGCAGCAAGUGGUGCCGGUCGACAGCGCAAGAGGUGGUGCCCAUAAUUAUGAGCAGGUUGGGACGGAGAUAACUGGCGAUUGGUCGUUCUUGGUGCCUCCGGACUUGUUGGGUGAUCUAACGUGGAAUUUUGAUUUUGGUGGAGUGUUCACAUGA